AUGGCAUCGACCCCCAACCCCAACCACAAGACAAAGGCUACGCCGCUCCCGCUCCGCGGCGCCGAACACGUCUUCGACUUUCCCUCGCUCAACCUAGACUACAAGCCCUUCUCCAAGAAGACCGUCACGCUCGUGGACCUUGACGUGCACGUGUACGGCCUGGACGAGAUCCGGGACAGCCAGCGGCCCAUUGCCGUUGUGAUGCUCUCGCACGGGCGGUGUAACCACGCCAUGAACAUGGAGCCCAUGGCGUCGGGCCUUCUGGGCGAGUUUGGACGGCUGGAGCGCGAGGACAAGGGCCGGCGGGCACGCACGCGCGAUGUGGUGGUUGUUACGCUGGACCAGCGCAACCACGGCAAGCGCACGCGCUUCCGUAACACCAACCUCUCGUUUGACGUCAACGAAAACCACCUCAUCGACAUGAUGGCCACCAUCUACGGCGGUGUCCAGGACCAGCAGCUUGUCAUGGACUUUCUCCCUGCGUACCUGUUCCCGCACAACGAGCGCCGCAUCGACGAGUUUAUGGCAGCCGGCGUGAGCAUGGGCGGACACACGGUGUGGCGCCUGCUGCGUGAAGACCCGCGCAUCACCAUUGGCGUGCCCAUCAUCUCGCUCCCGUCCGAAGUCCUCGGUGCCAACUUUGCCGCGCGCGCCACGCAGAUGGGUAUUCCAGACGCCGAGGUCAUCUACCCCGCCAGUGUGCGGGCAUGGUGCGAGCAGCCGUUCGACCCGGCAGUAUACAAGGGCAAGAAGAUCCUGUCCAUCCACGGCGGCAAGGACACGCUCCUGCCCCUCCAGCGCGGCUUGCCGUUCCUCGCCGAGAUGGCGGCCCAGUCUCCGCCCGGGUACGUGGACAUGUACGUGGACCCGCCGGCCGGCCACCAGAGCUCCAAGCCCAUGGUGGUCCAGACUGCCGCGUGGCUCUGGAAGUGGGGGUUGAGCGAGGCGGCGGCGGCCAAGGCGAGGCUGUAG